UGGAUCCAUGCUGGUCGCACACCCACUAUGUUGGUUUUCUCAUGGCACGGCUCAUUUAAUGACUGCAAGUUCUGAAACACCAAAACUUUUAUUCUGUAAAUUUCAAACUAUCGUAAUGCCCUAUUACGUUACAAAAUAAUACCGACACCGCUUAAAACAUAGUUAGUAAUACAGAAUAACUUACGUAACGAAGAACAAAUUCGUAUUACGAUAGGAAAAGCACGUGCUCGUCAUUUCAGUUUACCAUCUAAUCCGGAGAUAAUUAUUACUGGAUGUUUCUAUGUUAAAUAAGUAAAAUAAAAAACGAUACAAAUAACACAAUUCUCAUUAAGUGGAAAACGUUUCGUAAGGGUUGUCGUAUUUUCAGUAGAAUGUUAUAUGCUUCAUUUAAUGCAGAUUCUAUCCUUACAUCUUUUGUAAAGCUCUCUAUCAUUUAUAAGACUAAACAUGAAAUAUUCAAAGAAAUCAUUAAAGAAAAAGUAAUAGAAACAGACACAACAGAAACAUAUGGCAGGGUCAGGAGAAAGAGAAAAAGGGGUCGUAUACAUUUUUUAAUGCAUACAUUACAAUGCCCGUUUGUGUUGAUUUUUUUUUUAACUUCCAGCGGAAGAAACGUUUGUAUGCAUACCCAUUAUUCCCUCCUUUGUCAUUUUCAAAGGACUCGGUCCUAGGCGCGGUAAAUACCGAAAUUGUUCGUCGGAUAUCCAUAGUUUAUUUUCAUUUUUUUCUGCUUUGCAAUUACUAUCCCAUUCUCUGUCUUUCUAUAAAUUAUUUGCUGCAGUAGAACAUACGAGACGAUGUUCACUUCUUGCUUCCUUUGCGUCCGUAUUGGAUUUCCGCGUUCUCUGGUCGUAGAAACGCUUGCUGAAUGGCAUUAGACGCUUGGUUGUUCAUAUGUCAAAACGAAUAUCUUGUUAGCUACAUGUUUCCAUCGUCUUUCUUUCUCGCGGAGGAAAAUGCCUAGUAAUAAAUCAAAAAAGGUUCUUCGAUAAAACACUGUCUAAUUGAUUGGUUUUAAGUUUGUAAUUUUCUUUUCUUUUGAGACAAAAUAUGUCAUGUGAAAUAAAUGAAUAUCAAGAAUGUGAAUCGAUUUUUUAGUGUCUUAAACAAGAAAGGAUUUUUAUAAAUAAUAGGAUUUACCGAGUCAUACGACAGCACGUGUGUCAAUAUUGGAAGUUGAUAUCGGAAGCUGAUGAUACUACUGCAACCGGUGAGCUUAUAGAAAAUACAAUAUCGUGAAAGUUGCAAUGUGUCAUCUGCGAUGUCGCACAGUAGCGGUCGCUUAUCGUUGAAUAUCUAAGUGAUGCUGAUCAAUACGGGAAAACCUCGCUCGUGGGAAUCUAGCCGGUGAAGGUUUGCUUUGUUUAUAUUGUGUGGAAAAUUAAUAGUGCGGAUAAAACGUGGAAUAUUACACCCAGAUGUGUUGGAGAAAUUAUUUGGAAUAAGAUACACUUAACAAGAAGAUGAAAGUUAACACGUGCACCUGAAGAAUGAACAUUACACGUGCAAGAAAAACACAGAGACGGGGUGACCAUUGACAAUCAGGACAGAUUAAAAAAUUCAUCUUUAAUCAAAGAUUUGCUCAUUAUCAGACUUGUCUGUAAUUCAAAACAGUUGUGCUAUAGCCGGUACCUUCGUGUGAGACAAUCUUCGUAUAUAAAAAGAGGUUUCAAAGCUAUAACCACAAGACAAGACACAUGAGUCAAGGAGAUGUAUUUCAAAAUGAAAAUUACGAAAGCAGAGGAGAAUGCAAAUGGAUAUCGCAGAAAUAACCAUGCGUAAGCACUGCAUUUGUGAUACUGGCUGGGUUGUCAUUCCAUUAAAAUUGGCGAGAGUUCGGAUGAAAAUUUGAAAGGCAUUUUAUGGUGAAGAUUUAGUGAAAAGAAGACAUUUGCAUAUUCCAGAAUGGAUUUACAUGUUUAGAUAGAAUAAAAAUGUGAAUAAUGUUAUUCGGGAAAUAUGUAAUUGUGUGGAAUUAGCCGCCACAGCGUUAGUGUAGAUCAGAGAAAUAGUGUAGAAUUUAAUGUUUUAAAAUUUUAAACUUAAAGGAUUAACCAGCAUGCCAAAAAGAUCAGAUUGCUUAUAAUUAAUGGCAACAAAGACGAGGACCAUCGCGCGCAGGGCUAGAACAUGCGCAUGCGCGAGACUGUUGUAUGAAAAUCACGUGGUUUAGAAUGAAGAAACAAAACGUUCGAACAUUAUCUCUAAUCGUUUGUACCUUCACCUAUUUACUAGUCGGAGCUGCAGUUUUUGAUGCUUUAGAAUCAGACUUUGAAAAAGAGCAUAGUCGUGAGUUACGGCAUCAGGAGCAAAAUAUAAGAUCACGCUAUAAUAUUUCAGACGCAGAUUUUAAAAUAUUGAGAAAGAAUAUCAUAAGAUCCGUGCCAUAUAAGGCGGGAACACAGUGGAAAUUUGCCGGAGCCUUCUACUUUGCCCUUACCGUGAUUACUACUAUAGGAUACGGACACAGUACUCCACAGACGAACGGAGGAAAAAUCUUUUGUAUGGCCUACGCUCUAAUCGGUAUACCACUGUGUAUCGUCAUGUUUCAAAGCGUUGGUGAACGUCUCAAUACAUUUGUGACGUUUCUGAUGAAGCAAGGUAAAAAGUGCUUAAGAAUGAAGAAAACAGAAGUUAGCCAAACCAAUCUUAUCUUAGUGACUAUGAAUCUAAGUGGUAUUGUAUUGACCGCGGGUGCUGCAGCUUUCGUCCAUUUUGAAGGUUGGACUUAUAUAGAUUCAUUGUAUUAUUGCUUUAUAACGCUCACUACGAUAGGUUUCGGUGAUCUUGUAGCAUUACAGAAACAAAAUGCUCUUCAACUGAAACCUCAUUACGUUGCUUUUAGUUUAAUAUUUAUUCUGUUUGGCCUAACAGUGAUAUCUGCUGCAAUGAAUCUGCUUGUGUUACGGUUUUUAACGAUGAAUACCGAGGAUGAACGAAGAGAUGAGCUUGAAGCUGCUGCAGCAGCACAGACAGCUGUAAGACUUGACGGUGACGUUAUAACCGGAAAUGGCACUGUAGUAUCUCAGGCGCAAGAAAAUCCCGAAUAUAACGACCAUGUUUCCGUGUGCUCUUGUUCUUGUUAUAAUAUUCGCUCAAAAGACAAACAUAGGUACAAAAUCACACGAUCACCAACGAGAAUUAGCCAUCUUCUUCCGAUGAACAGCAUAUCGCAUGGAAAAGAGGACAUUUAUUCCUUUAUAGAUGAAAAUAGUUCUUCAAAUUAUCAUUUCUUAAAUAAGAAAAGGGCCUCAGUAUAGAAAGGUCUUACAUAUUGUAUAUAUUUGAAGAAUGCCAUGAUAACAAAUAUCAGGGGGAAUGGUUAAAUUAAAUAUAAGGUUAUUGAUUUUACUUGGGAAAACGUAGUAUUGACAAAAACGCUCAAAUUUCAUUCAAAUUAUAGUGUAUUCGCAUUAUAUGAAGAUGAGGUUUCAAAUGAUGAAGGAUAUAGUGUUACGACAAAUAAAGUAAGAUGUAUGACUGACAGUUCGGUUCGGUUUUUGCAUUCAACAUUAACGUGUAUCAAAGGGUUUCCAAGACAAAUUUGAAUAACAUACUAAUGUAACAAGCAUAACCGGGAAUUGUGUUAUUCAGUUUACUGUUGUUUUCCACGGAGCAAAGGAUAUUUCCCAGCCAUGGAGUGAGAUGCAUGUAAAUCGAUCGUUCUUGAUGUAAACAAUACAUUGCUGAUAUUUGCACAUGUAGACAUAAUCUUUAACCUAAAAUUGUAUAAAAAGUAGGAAUGAUGAUUACAGAAAGGUUUGGAAUCAUAAAUAGAAAAGGGGAAACGAAAUUAUACGAAAUUUUAACAAAUUCGUUUCUUUAAAGUGGCUCAUUCACAGGUUCGCUGAAAAACAUGAACAUCUUAGUUGAAAAAGUUUGCUAUACAAUUCUUAAACGCUGACAUUGAAAUAAACAAAAGACACCAAUACGAAAUCUCACAAAAAAAACACUAUCUAAAAUGCUGAUUUUGAUAACUUCAAACUUUCAUUUAAAAUUUAUUUCCAAAAUCAUAUGAUUUUAUUCUUGGAGUUGCAUGUUGCAACAUUACUUUCUGACAGGUUAAAUGUUAGACACUUUAAUAAGUGAACCAGUCGCUAAGGCAAUCUACUGCUUAUAUCAAAAAUGUAAUCAAAAUGAAGUUGAAAAUUGUUACUGACAGUCGAGGAUAUAAACGCUUGUCAUUCACAAUAAAUGUAAAUAUAGUUUUUCUUAAAGGUUAAUGGAAUUCUAUAUUAUGCCGCAUGUAUAAAGAGUGUCCUGUACUUUCUAAGAAAGACAUCUGUACAAUGAAACGCAAAAGUAAGCAGUUUAGGAUGUACAUGAUAUUUUAUUCCUUAGCACAUCACAAAACACAGUGUCCGAUUGUGGGGUUUCUAACGAUUGUUUUGCAUUCUGUGUGUAUGGACGCGUUGUUUGUUCCGGAUACCUGGAAGUUAUAAUAACCGGGAUUCCUGUGUGAUACUUUGUCCAAUCCAUUCCGUUCCAAUAUUCCAGGCAUUUGUUAUGUACGCAUGCGCAAAUUUAUUGAUCAUUGACAUUGACGUUUUAUGUAUCAACGCAAUAUUGAUCACUUUUUAUUUGUGAUUGUGUAAGUUUUGAUAUUUUAUUUUUACCUAUACAUUACUGUUUUGAAACAUUACUUUCAAAGACUCAUUUGUUUUGUAGCUGGUAACACUGUUAUUUAGAAAUUUCAUCAGCGUGUUUAUCCUUCAAAGAUACGUUUUCAUACGAAUGGUCGUCUUUAUUAUGUCUCCCACCACACAGUGGUGUGGAAGACAUAUUGAUUUACUCAAGUCUGUCUGUGUGUCCGUGUGUCUGUCUGUCACAAAGCUUGUCCGCACUCUAAGUCGAACAUUUCUCAUCCGAUUUUCACCAGACUUGAACAAAAUGUGUUUGACCAUAAGAUCUCGGCCAAGUUUGAUAACUAGCCAGAUCGGUCCAGGCGUCUUGGAGUUAUGGUCCUUGAAUUACCAAAAAUCGGUCUUUUUACUCUUGUCCGCACUCUAAUUCGAAAUUUUCUCAUCCAAUCUUCACCAAACUUAAACAAAAUGUGUUUGACCAUGAGACCUCGGCCAAGUUCGAUAACUAGCGAAAUCAGUCCAGGCAUUUUGGAGUUACGGCCCUUUAAUUAUCGAAAAAUUGGCCUUUUUACUCAUGUCCGCACUCUUAAUCAAACAUUUCUCAUCCGAUCUUCAUCAAACUUGAACAAAAUAUGUUUGACCAUGAGACCUCGGCCAAGUUGGAUAACUAGCCAAAUCGGUUUAGGCAUUUUGGAGUUACGGCCCUUGAAUUAUCGAAAACUUGGCCUUUUUACUCAUGUCCGCACUCUUAAUCAAACAUUUCUCAUCCGAUCUUUACCAAACUUUAACAAAAUGUGUUUGACCAUGAGACCUCGGCCAAGUUCGAUAACUAGCCAAAUCGGUUUAGGCAUUUUGGAGUUACGGCCCUUGAAUUAUCGAAAAAUCGGCCUUUUUACUCUUGUCCUCACUCUAAGUCGAACAUUUCUCAUCCGAUCUUCACCAAACUUGAACAAAAUAUGUUUGACCAUCAGACCUCGCCCAAGUUCGAUAACUAGCCAAAUCGGUCCAGGCAUUUUUGAGUUACGGCCCUUGAAUUACCGAAAAAAUCCGUCUGUUUACUCUUGUCCGCUCUCUAAGUCGAACAUUUCUCAUCCGAUCUUCACCAAACUUGAACAAAAUGUGUUUGGCCAUAAGACCUUACCCAAGUUCGAUAACUAGCCAAAUCCGCCCAGGCAUUUUUGAUUUAUGGCCCUUGAAUUACUGAUUGGAUCCACUCAUCCAGACCAUCUAAUUGGAUCCACUCGUCUAAAACAUCUAGAGAAACUAACAUUUUUCAUAGGGGCAGUUGUAAGAGACAUGCGCUUUUCUCAGAAGCAUCUCUAGUUUAUGACUUAUUUCCGUAAUACAUGAUUGGACGAAAACUAGACACGACGUAUGUUUUUUCCUAUGACCUUCAUAGAUGCUUCCAAAUUAGAGUAGCAGUGUUUCUAUGUGAUAUAUUUUCAAAUAGAGCAAUAUAGCAAAUCAGACAAAAACUUGUAGUAGCGCAAUAAAUAGAGUUAUAACUUGCCAUUUUAUUCGUUAUACAUUUUCCAAGAAUUACAUUAUACACAUAUUACUGUGCUUAAAAUCAUUAACCGAGACCGAUUUUUGUUUAUAUUGAAUGGAUAAACACUGAGCGAAUUUUCUAAUUGGUCAUCUGUACAUAUUUCAGUUUUAACAUAUAUGCCUCUAAUGUUAUUCACUUAAUAUAAGGUUAACAAAAUCACUGGUUUUUAGCAUUAUGUAGAUCUAUAUAUUUACAUUCAGCAGGAUCGUCAUAUAUAGACAAAUGUACCGGCGUAUAAUUUUUUGAAUAAGGUGAUGCAAAAACUAAAAGUCACUAAAAACGUAAAUAUUAGUUUUAAUUCAGGUUAGUUUGUUUGAGUAUCAGUGUUUUUGUUUUAAUGGUUUUGUAGUGACCGUUCUUUGAAUAGAUUUCCUUAGAUUACAUGUCGAUUUAGAUUUCACUAUUAUUGAUAUCAUAUUUUUAAAUUUAUUUUAUGUUUUAAUUCAAACAUGACUCAUAUAAAAGAGACUAAGAGAAGGUACAGAUACAGCAAUACAGCUGGUAUCUUUAUUGAUUUUCUGUAUUCAUAGCUGAUUUUAAAUUAUAAUAUACAACGCAAAGCAUUACUAUUUAGAAUUUAUUGACACAAUGAAAUUAUACAGUGAGAUAAUAUGUUUGUUUUUGUAUAAAAAUUAAAAGUACAGCUGUAACAAAAAUAAACAGUUAGAAAAUGUGUCAAGUGUAAAUGAAGUACUUAUGGCUGACAAAAUAUUUAUAUAUAACAUAUUCUUUAUAUUAAACUAUAAUGUGUAAGGAGCAAUUAUACUCUCUUUUGAUGUUCAAUGCUACAACCACAUUGUUUAAAUUUGUCCAGGACAACACCUCACGUUACAUCAAUAAUUUUUUCCUAGGACGUGGGCUCGAGAAUCGAAGAUCAUCAUUGUCAAUUUAAAUAUAGUGAAGUAUCGCAAACAAUAGAUCCUAAAUAAUGGUUUCAUUUUGAAAAUACUGUAUUUAGUUUUACAUAAGACAUGUUGUUUUGUGUAUCAGUUACUAUACAUGAGUAGCAAAUCGACUUGCAUAAAUUUCAUUUUUGUACAGAUUCAUUAUGUGGUUUAAUCGACAAUAAAUUUUACACAACGUAAGAAUUAUUAUUGUAAUAUUUGGUCACAAUGAAAUUAAUCUACAAAUUUUAGCAAUACAGAAAUAUAAACCCGAUUUGUGUGUCUGUUUGCAUUGCACCUGUACGCAAUAACUACCGACAACCAUGUAUUUAUCAUUUGUCAUAGCGUGCCAUUGAUUGGAACUUGGUUUUGUUUUCUUACUUGUUAUUCUCAUAAAAUUAUAUUUAAAAGAAUGAGGAAUCCAGAAUUCAUUGUUUCCUUUCUUACAUUUACAAUUUCAAUUUUCUUCUAUUUCUUAUAAUUAAAUCCAUUACUUCGUACAUUGCUUUAAAAGAAAGUGUGGACUGAAAUUCGGUUAAGUAUUGUUUUAUCGGUUUUAACGAAUGUCGAAUUAAAAUUUCUGUAAUGUCUUACAUUUACAGUUUCGUUUAUAUUUUAUUUCUUCUAUUAUAUAAAUAGUUGAAGUUAAGAUAUAAACUUAUUCCUCAGUAAUUAGUUGAAAAUGAUAGGUUAUCUCUUUCGGUAUGCACAAUGUCAUAAUUUGGAAUGUUUCCGCAUGGUCCAAUUCUAGAUGUUUUAAUCUGUAUUAUUCAUCUUUCAUCUCUUGGCAAGUAGUACCGUUUGCACCCAAGUACGUUAAGUAAACGUAAAAGCUGUCGAAUCUAAGCGAAAUACUAAAUGAGUUCAAAGGUACAUAACUGCAUUAUUACAGCGUUGAAACUACAGUAUAAUUAAAGAUACCAAUUGUUUUAUACAUAUUUGGCAACUUAGUGCAACAGGUCUGUCGUUACAGCAUCUACUUGUUUGUUCAGUUUUCGACAUCGCAAAUCAGGCCCCUUUUACACCAUGUUCAUGGUAUCACAAAGUAUUGUUUUCCCCUAGAUUCUGACCAUUAAUUUGACACAAUGAUACGUAUAUAUUUUGGUUUCGUCUAAUUUACCAUUUAGGAAUUACAUUGUAUUAUAGAGCUUUAGAAUAUCUAAUGAAAAAUAAAAAUGUUCAAAUGCAUGUGAUAUGUAUUAUUGCCACUCCAAUAAUAUUGUUAACCUGCCUAAAUUUAUUUUAUGUUGAUAUUGUAUAUAUUUAUUUAAUCUUACACAUGCAUUGACAUUUACCUUCAAUUAUCGUAUAAGAAUUCUAUGAAUUUGAUCAAAACAAAUAUUAAUAAAACAUGUCAAUAAA